AAGUUCCAUUCUAACUGACUGAUUUUUAUGGACAACAAAUACUGUACAUUUUGAAACAUUUGCUCUUUAUUUGCCAAAUAUUUGAGGGGAAUCAGAUAAUUUCAGACAACUGAAAUAUUUGGUUCCAAUCUUCUCUCUAACUUUGGCACAAACAAAAGAGAGAGAGCAAAUGUUAAUAAAUCUACAGGAUUUGUUGUCCAUGAUGAAAGGAAUGAAACAGAACAGAAUUUCACGCAAGACCUUCUCCAUUUCAGGCUGUUUUCCCCUUCCAAUAUGGCGGAAUGGUUGACGUCUCCGUGUGACGAGCAGCUUGUCACACAUCGGCGACGAACUUCUGAUUCGUCAUUGUUCGCGACGUUGAAUCCGAUUGGUCCGUUUGUGUUCCAGCGUUACAGAUUCCGAGUAGAAACACGGACUCGCUGUUUUCCAUCCGUUAUCCGUCGAACAUCGCAUCCUGUCGUUGUUACAGCAGGUUUUUAAUUCACUAAUUUGAUGCAGCUGACGUCGUUGUAAUCGUAAACGCUCGAAGCGACAUAAAUUCCGUCUGUUUCAGUCAUGUCCUUCCAGCCGGACCGUGGGGGUCUGAGGGGACAGAUGCCUCCCGGCCAGAACUACCUGAGCCCUCCCGCUCCCCAGCCUCCUGCUCCACCGUACCGUUACGACCCACAGACUCCGCCGGGUUCGGGUUACCAUGGCAGCGCCGGCUGCAUGCCCCACCACCCUGACUUCAUGCAGUACCCUCCCCCGGCUCCGUCGCAGCAGACCCCCGGCGCUCUGAGGCAGUGCCCGCUGCGCCCGCCUUUCCCCAAACCACCUCCCAAUUUCCCGCCUCCCCCUUUGCCCAGCUCAGCAGGGGGUCCUACUCCCGGCUCCCAGGUGUCUGUUCAGACCUCCUACCCCCCCUACAUGAUGCCUCCGCCCCCACUGCCUCACCCAACCAUGCCUCCGCCCAUGAGCUACCACCCCCCGUACCCCAUGAACUACCCUCCUUUCCCUCCUCCGCCCUUCAACCCUGGCUACACCCAGACCGCUGGCCCCUUCCAGCCGGACCACGGCCUGCGACACGGGGGGCCGUACCCGUACGAGAAGUCCGCCGACAGCCGGAGGUCACCGGAAAGAGGGUAUCGCUAUGACGACCACAGGCAGAAGAGCUACGGCGAGCGACACAGAAUGGAGUUCAGCGGAGAGAGGAAGGAGCGCGGGAGGAGUCCCGACCGGCGCGGGAGGCCGGAGGGAGGGCGCUACAAAGCUGACUACGACAGAGGGAGGAGUCCGCCGCGACACCGGAGCCGGGAGAGGAGCAGGGAGCGGUACCGCCACCGAGAUGUUCGUCGAUCCCAGUCACCUGAUCGGUACAGGAAGAGACCUCGGAGCCGCUCAACGAGCCGAGAAAGGAAGCGAGGGCGCUGGGAGGAGGAGAAGGAGCGGAGGUCAGACAGCUCCUCGGGGCCGAGCCGGGAGCGGAGCUACUCGUCCCUCCGGAGCCGGGACAACGACGAGGCGUUCGGGGAGCGCGAUCGGCAGCGGGACAGAGAGAAGGAGAAGUACGACGAGGAGGAAGAGCAGCUGAAACCCGCCUGGAUCCGCUGCACUCACGCCGAGAGCUACUACUCCAACGACCCCAUGGACCAAGUGGGCGACUCCACGGUUGUGGGAACCAGCAAACUGCGCGACCUUUACGAACGCUUCGAGGACGAACUCGUAAAGAGGCAGGAACGAGCCAAAGCCGCUCGACCCAGAUGGGAGCCGCCUAAAACCAAACUGGACGAGGAUCCAGACGACAGCAGCAGCGAGUCGGACUGCGAGUCGGACGGCGACGGCAGCAGCUGCUCCAGCAGCUCCGACUCCGAGGUUUUCGACGUCAUCGCUGAGAUCAAGCGGAAGAAGGCGCAUCCGGACCGUCUGCAUGAGGAGCUGUGGUACAACGACCCGGGGCAGAUGAAUGAUGGCCCCCUGUGCAAGUGCAGCGCCAAGGCCAGACGAACGGGGAUCCGCCACAGCAUCUACCCCGGAGAGGAGCCUGUGAAGCAGUGCCGUCCCAUGAACAACAACGCCGGGAAACUGUUCCACUACAGGAUCACCGUGUCUCCCCCCACCAACUUCCUGACCGACCGGCCGACAGUGAUAGAGUACGAUGACCACGAGUAUCUGUUCGAAGGAUUCUCUCUGUUCUCCCACACUCCUCUCACCAACAUUCCAUUGUGCCGAGUGAUCCGCUUCAACAUAGAUUACACCAUUCACUUCAUAGAGGAGAUGACACCGGAGAACUACUGCGUCCGAGGUUUGGAGCUGUUCGCCUCCUACUUGUUCCGGGACAUUCUGGAGCUUUACGACUGGAACCUGACGGGUCCUGACUGCGACUCAGAGUCUUCUGGAUGCCAGCGCUUCCAUUUCAUGCCUCGUUUUGUCAGAUUCUUACCGGACGGCGGGAAGGAGGUUCUGUCGAUGCACCAGGUGCUGCUGUACCUCCUGCGCAGCAGCAAGGCGCUGGUUCCAGAGGAGGAGAUCGCAGACAUGCUGCAGUGGGAGCAGCUGGACUGGCAGAAAUACGCAGAGGAGUGCAAAGGCAUGAUCGUCACCAACCCCGGCAUGAAACCGAGCUCGGUGCGCAUCGACCAGCUGGACAGGGAGCAGUUCAACCCAGACGUCAUCACCUUCCCCAUCAUCGUUCACUUCGGCAUCCGGCCCGCUCAGCUCAGCUACGCCGGAGACCCUCAGUAAGAUCACAGCAGAAAACACAAAACGCGGGCCGCUGCCUCCCCGCGUCGGGGACGGCGAUGUUUUCGCAUGCAUCGUCACGGGUCCCGAGUUUCCGUGGCGGCGCCGCGGAUUUGCCGUGCGUCUGGUGAAUAGUAAUGUAACAUCCGGGGGACUCCGGGCGACAGAACUGUACUGUGUUGCUGCAUAAUUAACAGAAGACGAAGAUGAGAUGAUGUGAGCGUUCUGACAACAAACACACACCCUGUUGACAGAGGCUAAAUUUAAACCUGAGCUGCUGUUUACCAGAGGUGGGGACUCGAGUCACAUGACUUGGACUCGAGUCAGACUCGAGUCGUUAAAAUCACGACUUGAGAC